AUGUAUCUCACAUAUCUACUUCCCCUAGCACUGGCAGCAUAUGCCUCUGCCCAGUCUCUAACUGAGAUUCUCGCACAGAAUAAUGCCACACUAAGCACACUAACAAGUCUCCUCCAACUCGUCCCGGACCUAUUCCAGACCCUCUCCACCGCCCAAAACAUCACCCUCCUCGCCCCCUCCAACGAAGCCUUCACCAACCUCUUGUCUCGGAACCCCCGCUCAGCAGAACUCAUGACCAACCCCCGCGCCCUCUCCGGCGUUCUUCAGUACCACGUCCUCUCUGGAAAAUCCCUCUCAACAGACUUCACCACCAGCCCCAUCUUCCCCUCCACUCUCCUCUCCACCCCCUUCGCCAACGUCACCGGAGGCCAAAAACUCCAAUUGACCCUCCUCAACGAAACAGCAAGCCUCUUCUCAGGCUACAAGCAAGCCUCCUCUGACCUAACCUUCGCCAACAGCAACAACACCCUCCACAUCAUCUCCUCCGUCCUCACCGUCCCAGCGCCCCUCUCUCAAACCCUGUCCAACAUAAACCUCACCUCUCUGGUCGGCGCCCUCACCACCGCCCGCCUCUCCUCCGGCACCUCCUCCCUCCAAGACAUGACCCUCUUCGCCCCAUCCAACCCCGCCUUCCAGGCAAUCGGUUCAGCAGCCAGCGGCCUCUCAGACACGGACCUAGCCAACAUACUAGGCUACCACCUCGUCCCCUCCCGCAUCCUCUUCUCCCCGCGACUCCUAGCCCAAGACCAGAUCGUCUUGGCGACGCUCCAAGGCUCCAACCUGACCAUCAGACGGGACGGCAACCAGCUGUUUGUCAACUCGGCGAGGGUGAUACUGGGGGAUGUGCUUGUCGGAAACGGGGUGGUGCAUGUUAUAGAUAAUGUCCUAAACCCAUCCAACACAUCGGCUACCCCUGACCCAGCAGCAGCAACCCAAGCUCCUGCUUUUGCCGGGGUCACUCCGGUGGCAGAUAUACCGUUCACGUCGGGAAUCGUCCCCACGACGACAUUUGUGCCAGUGACGGUUCCCCUGAAUGGAGCGGGAAAGGGGGCCUUUGCGGCAGUGCCGACGGGGGUGAUGUUGGCGGCUGGGGCGGUGGUUUUGGCGGCGGUGAUGUAA